AUGUCUGAAGAAACUAAAACUGUCAAGCCAGUCAUUGAAGACAGAGUCUACGUUGGUAAUGUUGACUAUAAGGCUACUGAAGAUGAAUUGAAGGAAUUGUUCAAGGACUUGAAUGUCACUGAGGUCGAAAUUCCAUUCAAGGAAAUUACCAGGGGCGAGAGAUCUUUCAAGAGACGCCUCGGUUUUGCUUUUGUUCAAUUUGCUUCAAAGGAGGAUGCCGACAAGGCUGUUGCUGACUUCAAUGGACACCAUUUCAAGAGAUUGAACAUUUUUCUUAGAAAGGCCGUCCCUCCAGCAACGCCAGAAGAAAAGGAGGCCAAGGCUGAGGCAUUUAGAGCUAAAAAGCAAGCUAGAGAAGAAAAACAGGCUAGAGAAGACAAGAAAGAGAAAUCAAAUGGUGAAGGUGUUACCAAAACAAGAACUUCGGUCAAUACCAUUUUUGUAACCAACUUGGAUUACAAAGUUGGAGUAAGAACCUUGAAGGAGGAGUUUGCUGAAUUGAAUCCUGUUUGGGUUCAUAUUCCAAAAAAUGGUAGAAGGUCAAAGGGUAUUGCUUUUGUUAGUUUCAAAGACGAAGAAACUCAAAAGAAGGCAGUUGAGCAAUUUAACAACAAGGAUAUCAAUGGUAGAGAAAUCAGGGUUGAAAUUGCGGUUGAUUCCAAGAAGUAA